AUGAGCGGAGGGUAUAUAGGUUCCAAGAUCAGUUUGAUAUCGCGGUCAGAUAUACGUUAUGUCGGCAUCCUGCACAGCAUUAACUCUACCGACUCGACGGUUGCUCUUGAGCAAGGUUACAUUGAUUAUUGCGUUCAAGCUUCUCUGCGCUCGUACGGAACAGAAGGUCGAAAAGGGAAUCCUGCUGAGGAGAUACCACCCUCCGAUAAUGUGUUUGGUUACAUAGUUUUCCGAGGUUCGGAUGUAAAAGACUUGCAUGUUUGUGAAGCGCCAGCACCCCCACCUUCUUUACCUCCUCAAGUUCCCAACGAUCCUGCUAUUCUUGGGACGACUGCUCCGCGACCGCCAAAUUUCCAAAAUUUUGGUCCACCACCGCUGAAUCUAAACGUUGGUGAAAAUGCAACCCGAGAAGUCGAACAGCAGAAAACACAGUUACAGAAGGAACAUGCUGGACCCGAUAAAGCUGAAGACCAUAAAGUAGAGAAUCAAAAUAGUGGAAAUAAAAGUGUUUCCAACAAAACCGGUUCUAGCUCGCGUUCUGCGGUAGGACAUGUAGCAAAUGCUCGCAAUGACAGUAUAAAGGAAGCAUCCGCUGCUGCCGUGGAGAAAUUGGCGAAGAGUGUCAGCGAGUUGAAUGUCAUGGAGACUAGUGUAUCUCCUUCAUCCAAUUCUGUCCCUGCGAACGAUCGGCAACCGAAUUUUCAUGGUCACAGCCAAAAUCGAUCAAACAAUAACAGAUUACCUGGCAUGGGCGGUCACCUCCUUCAGCAACCUCGACGUGGUCGUGGUAACCGGCGGAACUAUGGUCAAAAUUACGAUCGUAACCGUGUAUCUGUCCCAACAUCUGACUUCGAUUUUGAAUCGUCAAACGCUAAAUUCAAUAAAGAGGAAAUUGUAAAAGAAGUUGUAAAGAAAUCUCACGUCAGCCAUGAUGGAAAAGAUGGAAAGGACCGAUUGGAACAGCAAGGUCCUGAUGGACGACGCGGAUUGUCCGUUGCCGAGCGAAGGCAAAAGCAAUCGGAAGAAAGGCGCUUGAAUCUUGAGACGUUUGGACAAGUUUCGAUUGACGGCGGAAGGUACCGAGGUGGAUAUCGCAGUCGUGGAUAUCGAGGCGGCGGCGGAAGGGGAGGAUAUCGUGGUGGUCGUGGAGGCGGCAGCGGUGGAGGAGGUGGCGGUGGAGGAGGAUUUAGAGGGGGAUACUCAAGCAAUUACCGAGGAAACAAUUUCAGGAUCUAA